AUGAGAGAAGAACAAACCCAAAGAACACUAAUGAAAGAGAGGCGCUUGAAAGAUUUAGGAUCACAUGACUACACUCUUAAAAACUUGAUGUACGAAAACCACUGCUGCAAAUUUUAUGACGCCGUGGAUGAAAAUAACACUUCAUAUGUCCUGAAAUUUAUUCCCUCUGAUAUGACUUUGGACGGGGACAUCCUUCCAUUCAUAGAUUAUUUUCAAGUUAAGCAAGGUCUUUUUUUGGUAUAUGCCUCAAACAACUUUGCGAAGGAAGGCACAGAUUACUUCACCUAUAGUGGUAGCAGUGAAAAGAAAGUCAGCAUCCCAAACACUGCUUUAGGAACAGAAAAAAAGCUACAGUUUAUUGAAACAGAUCAUCCAAAAUUCCAAAAGCUAACAAAAAAGCAGCAGGAUACAAAGAAUAGUACGUCGAAGAAAAGUGUGGUUACCAACCAUUUCUCAGGCAAGAAAACACCAAAUCCGGGGCCAAAGAGUCUCGACGAAUUGAAAGGGGAGAUUAAUGUCGGGAUAUCGAAUAUUAAAAGUAACACUAAGAACACAUCGAAAAUACGAAGUGAGAAGUUUGUAAGUUGUCUCAUCGAAACAAAACAUACACCCGGAUUGGCAUCUAUACUGUCGAAGGAUGGGACUGCAUAUCCGAGUAACACAAAUGGAGGACAUAUCAGUAUCGUGCAUCCUACCUUACAGAUAUAUCAUUCAUCCCAUAAACAGAUCGUUAAAACGCCUGCCCCUAAGGGCAGUAUUUCUCCGGUUGAGAGAUGUUCCCUUAAGGAAGGAAAUUUCAAAUGUUUUUCACCAAGACCCCUAGAGCAUGGAAAUCCGAAGUGUGAUUUUCAGAAUAACAUGGAACUAAGAUUACUGGAGAGCUCGAUGUUGCAGAGGAGACAGUCAACACAAAAUAUUUGA